UAUUAUUAUGGAUUACACCAUCGUCUUUAUCAUAAAAAGACGAAGAGAUUUAUGUAGCACAUUAUUGAUUUCAGUUAAUCUGUUCAAUGCAGCAGGUUUGGGAACGAAUAGGAUACAUUUCUAACCCGGUAAAACAUUUGAGGUCGAAAAAUAUAGGUAUACCAUUCUAGAAUUAAAAAACAAACUAACGGAAUCAAUCUACAAAAAGACAUCGAUUGUCUUGAUCUUAUUUUUGUUUAUUUGACAUUCUGUCUAAAAACUGCUAAGGGACAAGCUUUCUCUAUUUCGUCGCUGAUUGUCUGACUGAAUACAUGUUCUAACACUCUCAUCUUAUAAUAGUUGUUUUUUGUGAAAUGCGUUGAUUAAAACAAGUAAGUUUUUUCUCCACUUUAUGAUAGUUUGCAAACAAUAGCAUAUCUCACAAAUUUUAGAAGUAUUGUUGUUUUUUUUACUGCGUUUAGAUGCUCUCACGUUUUUAUGAUUCGACUGUAGAUUUUUUAACGUUCUGACCGAAAUUACGUUACCGGCUUGACUACGAUCAUUUUAUCGCUUUUGAAUGAAUAAAAUACAUUGUUUAUCAUCCUAUUGGUAUUAUAAUGUACAUGGCCCAAACAGCAUGGAUUUUUUCGCCUUCAUACGAAACAAAUUUACCGUUUUAUAAUUAUUCGGUUUUUAUUAUUUGUAAUUGUGGAUAUUGCUUUUGCUUAUUUUAUUUAUUUAUUUUUACUUUGCAACAGUUAUGACAAGGGCACAUGUUCUUAUCUAUUGAUCACGGUUUUAUUUAAUGUUUAAUAUUUUGUAAUUUAAUGUUCUUCUACUUUUAUGUUGGUUUUUUAUGUCUAUAAGCAUGUUAUCAAGACUGAUAAAGACUUAGUCGUAACGUUUCAAAAUAUUAUAAUAUAGAGUAAUUUUUAUUUUAUUAUAACAGUAAUUUAGUUCUUUAAGGUCAUUGUUUAUUUCCUCUCAUGUAAUACAUUUACAAACUUUUAUAUGAGAUAACAUAUAGUUCGUUUAUUGACAUAAUUUUUUACUUUAAAUUGAAUUAUGGUCAGUGUCCCGAGUCCUUUCAUCUGCUAAAUUAGGAGAUAAAAUCACUCAACUUCACGUUGAGUAACAAAACUACCCCGAUAAGAUAUUCUAGAAUUAAGCAUGUCUAUAUACUUUUAUCUGUCUUUAGUAAAGAGUCUUCACAAUUAUGCUACAAUUUUUUUAGCCUAAUCUAUUUUAUUUAAAUAUAUAAUUUUGUAAUAAAGUAUUGUGACUUCUAAAAAAUAAAAUCAGUUUUCUACAUUAAGUUUGUGGCCAUAUUACCAUCCCUGUUUCUCUUUAACUCAUUAUGCAGUGUCGCUAUAUUAGGUCGCUAUAUUAUUGUAAGUAAUAUGUAAUACAGUAAAUAUUUCAUAACUUUGAAUCUAAUAUUUUGAUGAAUAUAAUCGUUCAAUUUAAAAUAUUGAUUAUUAACAAAGUUAUUUUACCAGAUAAAAUAUAAAUGGCUGGCCAUAUUACCACCUUCUCCUCUAUUAUUUAACAACAAUAUAUUUAACACAUAAUAUUUAUAUUUUAAAAAGAGAGCAUUUGUAUUAAAAAAAAUUUAUAUCUGUACUCAUGGUAGUAAUUAUCAUAUACACAUAUGCUUUGUAGAUCUAGAGAUAUAGGCGUGCUUCGCUCUCCGUAGCAGAGAUAAAAAGAUAUUUGUUCAUUUCUUCCUUCCUGGAAAAGGGGGUACAUGAUCGGUACAUGAUCGUAUGGAUCAGUGGCAAAAGGGUCUGUAGAAAGUGAAAGUUAUAAUUUAUUACCUAAAACUGACCAUGAAAACAGAUAUAUUUUUUGUGACACUUUUCAUCGUCAAGGCUACCUCCUAAUACUGUGCCGAAACAAAAUGCAAGAAUAUUCUAAGUGUCUCUAAAGAACUUUUUGGACUCCGCAUAGCAACUCGACUCGAUGAAUAAAAUAUAGUUUAAUAAAAGAAUAGUCCGAAAUUUUUACAAUAAAAUUUUCUCCGUGUACGAAACACUGUUUUCUCGUGUUUGUAUCCCUCUAAAAAAUAAACCGCGAUUGUUUUCGGCAGCUCCGCACGUCUUUGGACGGAAUUCAUAGACCGAUCUUAAGUUCAAGAAUUGUCUUAAGUGUAGCUUCGAGUCGACUUGAGACUUACUUAACCAAUAAAAUAACUGCAUUGACGUCUCAAGAUCGUGCUUAAGAUGGAUCUUAAAUAAGAUUCGACUAUGAAUACUGGCAUUUGUCUCCCGAUCUAAGAUGCCGCAAGAUCUGUGAUCAAUGCCGACGCUGCGAGAUCUGUGAGCUAGAGUCCUAAGGUCUGUUUUUCCUGCACUGUUGCACUGGUGCAAUAAGUUAAAAUAAGACAAAUAUAUUUUUUCUCAUUCUAACUUAUUGCAUUAGUGCAGCAGUGCGGGAAUAAAAAACAAACCUCUAUAUAAAGAGAGAAGCGACACCGGGGUAGCGAUUUCUGAUUGGUGAUACCGUCACCUAAUAAAAGCAGCCAUAUCGAGCCCGGAGAUAUGUAUAUGUAUAUUGUUUACAGUUAACAGCAGACACAUGUGUUUGUUUCGUUUGUGUUUCGUUAAUGUAAGUUAUGAUAUUGUAAUAUUGUAAAUUAUUAGAAAUAGACAUCAUGUAUGUGUUAUAAUUUAUUAUUAAUUUAUAGUUUAUUUUUUUACAGUCUUUAAAUAUAAUAUAUAAUAUUACAAACUUGUAAAAAGAAAUGAAUGUGCGAAGUGUUUAGCUGUUCUGUUCGGGAAAAUCAGGGACUUCGUUUAUUUCGGUUUCCAGAAAAUAAAGAACAAUAUAGGAUAGCUUGGAUAUCCUAUAUAAAAAUUAAUCGACCCAAAUAAACCUUAAAAACAAACAGUCGCGUAUGUGAGGUAAUCGCCUAAUCGUUUUUUUUUUUCAUUCAAUAUAAUUAGAUGGUUGUAUAUACUCGGUUGUAUAAACAAUACUUAUAUUUUGCAUAAAAUUUUUAAUUGUCAACAUUACUUAAUCACCAGAUUUAAUCAGUAAAACUCUUAAAAAUCUUGUAACACGUUUAUAACCAUAUAAACGGAGUAUGUUUACUAUGAGUAUGAUGAAACUGGAGCGGGCCCAGUAUGGCGGUGCUAGAGAUGGUGGGGACUAUGGGGGCUCGGUGUCGCUUCUCUCUUUACAUAGAACUCUACUGUGAGCCGAUGCCGAUGUCGUUAUCACAAUUACUUUUACAAAAAAUCGUCGCUUAGACUCUACAUGUUUACAUUUCGUUUGGAUGGGCACUCGCUAUAGAAAGAUUGGUACAAGAUUUUUGUGUGAAAACCACAGAAAAUACAGUGUGACAAGUGUCGCUUGGAGUCAUAAAAAUAUUUUAAUAAUUUUUUUACUUUAAUAAUAUAUUAUAUAUUAACAAAAAACAUUUUUUACAGUUUUAUAGCAAAAUGAAAAAGAUUAAUUGUAUCUUUAUUAAUUUUUUCAUUUUUCUUCGACUAGCAAUCGAAUAAAAAUCUGAUUGUCCUGAUCAAGAUUUAAAUCGAGCCUUUGGCACAAAACGCCCAACUCACUGUGUCGUGAUCGCUAUACUUUAUUUAAUAUUGAUUAAUUAAAUUUUAAUUGCGCUCAAAAAGUUUCUUAGAAAUCGUGGAAUAUUCUUACAUUUUGUUUCAGUAUAAUAGUUUCGGCCUUAACCAUAAAAAAUGUCACAAAAAAUGUACCUAGGUAUCUGCUUUCAGUUUCGGAUGAUAAAUCGUCGCUUUCAUUGACUUCCAUAUGUUGUACUGUCUUUUUGUGCAAAACUGACCUGACCUACGAACUGCUAUUGGUCCUCAUUUCCCCUACUACCCAAGUAGCAAAGUACUGUCAAAUAGGUGUUUUAAUGACGCCUUCUUGACAUUGCAAACGUCAUUAAAACAUCUUUAAGGCCAUAUUUGACGUUAGUUUGCUACUUGGGUACAUACUUGCACAGAACAGGUGCAUGGUGCAUGUACCAUAUUCUGAUUUUCGACAGUUAGCGAAGUCAGCAUUCAACUGAACGUCACUCGGCAUUAGUCGGUCGUCAGAUACAGUCAGAUUUCAAACACGGUCUGCAGCUAGAACUGGAGCUAGUUCGUUAAUCUUCGUAAACGUCGUUUUGUCUUUCUAUCAAGUAAGAUAACAUUUUUGGAUAAAGUUUUUAAUUUUAUUAUAAAAAAUAAUAAAAAGUUUUUUUAUUGCCCUAAAAAUAUUUUCUAAAAUAUGUAAAAUACAUUUUUAAAAUGCUAUUUCAAACUUUAAUAAUACAUAUUUCUUAUUUUUAUAAUCUUGUUGCAAAAUAUUAAAAAGAUAUUUUAAGUAUUAUUGACUUUGUAAUCUUUUCAAAUACUUAUAAAACAUUGCUAAAUGUAUUAUACAUUAUCUCAUAAUUAUAAAAAUUAAUAACAAUUUUUGAAAGAUAUUUUUACGUAUUCAAACAAUAUUUUCAAGAAAUAUUUUGAAAAAGUUGUUUAUUAUAAUAAAAAAUAAUUUGAAAUCGGAAUUCCGAGUAGUUUUACACACAUUUCAUUUUCUUCGACAGAAUUCUUUUUUAUAUUUUUAAAUAAGUAAUGACAAUACCUUAAAUAUUUUAUAAAAAAGGAAUAUCAAGGAAAAGUCAUGUAUGCAUAAUAUAAUAAUUAAAAACAAACAAAAAUAUAAAAAUUUUAAUUUCCAAAUGUUAAAAUAUUCCGACAAUAAUUUAACCAGGUUACAGAUAACUUUUAAUACAUUUGGAAAUAUAUAGAUUUCCAAAUGUAUUAAACAUUUGGAAGGGUUGGCAGACAUUGUUUCCAGACUGCAAUAAUUAAUAUUCUUGAGAUUACUUCAAGAAGAAAAAUCUAAUACUAAAAUAUCAAAUUUAUAAUAAUUUCUAAAUGAGAAGAGCUUCUAGUUAAUCCAAUUAUACAAAAUUCAUGCAUUCAAGCAUGUCAUAUCGCAAAGUGAAUGUUCUCAAACGUGAAUAUAAUUGUUCGCUGUACAUUGAAAGUGAUCUUUUUCUUACCUAUCACUUCACACUCAAGGAUCAACAUUUCGACGCACGGGUAACAAAAAAUGUUAUGUGCAACAUGUGCGAAUAGGCUAUGCUGGUCAAUAGGUUGCUGGUCAUGUGAGUGAUUACUUCCUCCGCCGGACAUAUCCUUUACAGAUAAUUAGCCCACUCACUGCACUAGUUCCACAUAUAACUAUUUUGUAUUAAUUUGAUUUUGCACGUCAUUGUGAAAUGUGCCUAAAACGAGCAAAUUUCAGAUUUAAUUUUAAAGUCUUUUCAUUAAAAAAAAAAUUAUGACAUCAAUAUUUCAAUAUUAUGAUUUUUGUCUUAAAAUAAUAUUAAGAAUUUGUCAUUAACUGUUGUCACGCAAAGUUUAGUUCAUCAUGUGUCGAAAAAUGUUUUAACAAUAUUUUAAACAAGCUUUUAUAAAUUUUUCUUUUUAUAUUUAAAACCUUUGACAUUUAAAGAAUAAUACAAAAUAGUUCUUUCAAAUAUUUGUACGAUCUUUUCAAAUACGAUCCUUUAAACAUACCUUAUUUUUAAGUAAUAUUCGUAAAAAAUUUAACAAAUAUUAAAUAUAUUUAAAUAUAUGUAUAUGGACAUACAAUCUUUUCAAAAUAUUAAAAAAUUUAUUUAACAAGAUUAUCAAACAUACAAACGUUUAAGAAAUGUUUUUAAACAAUGCAAAUAAUAUAUAAAUAAGUUUACUCUCACUUCAGUUCAAUUAUUUGAAUUUAAUCACACAUUAAUUUAUGUUUGCAUAGGUGAAAGAUGUCCCUGCCAAUAGAGGACAAUGUUACAUAUGAGGAGGAUGAGAGAGAAAUAAUUGAAACCGCGGGAAUUCGAAUAAUUAAAUUAAUGAAUGUUAUUGUUUCGGCGUAUAUACUAUCGCCAGACGCACCCUUUGGCUCUUCUGAUUGUUGGGAAGAUUUAGGCUUCGGAUAUUUAAAAAUCUUAAUUAUUCCCAAACACUAUGAAUACAUCUUGGUAGUAUACAAGCAAGACACAGCGGAGGAGAGUAAACACUCAGAGGAGAUUCUGAGCUGUGUUUCGAUGUGCAUCGUUAAAGAUAUUGAAAUUAAAGACAACGAGUGGUUUUGGUCUGGGAUAGAUUGCAGUAUUGAAUCUCUUAUUAUGACCGUAAAAGUUGUCUUUCCAACGAUAAACGCGGCACGAGAUAUGUAUACAAUUGUGAAAAGAGAAGUGGACGUUCACAAAAAUCUUUACCUUGGAAAUCCUUCCUCAAUAGAAGAAUAAAUGAAGACUAACAGAUAAAAAUUUUUUGGUAAAAGGUAUUCAAGAGAAGGGGUUUUUAGUGGGUAGGCGGUGGAAGUAGAAUCUUCGCGAUGUAUUUCCUAUCGAAUCCCACACAUUCUGGAAUACGGGCUUCAGAACGUCUUGCGAAGAUUUUCCCCUUCUUUAUUAAAAAAAAAAAAAAAAAAAGAAAGAAAGAAAAAUUGGUAGUUUACAAACCUAUCAUAACUAAAUAACCUAUUAAAUAUAAUUAUGUGCAUAAAUAAAAUUAUCCAAUCGCGUAUUUCUAUUAUUAAGAAUGCGUGCAAAUUGUGAUUGAAUAAUUUCUUUUAUUUAUAGAGGAGAAAGUGGCAAUAUGGUCACCUAUUUAUAAUUGUAUAAUAUCUUUGUUAAUAAUUAAUAUUUUUAAUUGAAACUUAAUACAUACUAAUAAAAUACAUUUAUCAAAGUGUUGUUUAUUAAAUUUUAGAUUCAAAUAAGUUAUGAAAUAUUUACUAUAUUACAUAUUAUUGUACAAUAACAAAGUCGUGCACGACUCACGUCACAGUCGUGAACAUAUUUCUGUAUACAUGUGAAUAUGCGAUGUACGCAUGUGUAUGCGUAACGUAUCGGCUUGGGUAUCAUUCCCGGAAACGUUUAACAAAAAAAGGGCUAAGAACCCUGAAAAACGAAUAUCGUCCUGCGUAAACAACUGACCUAAAUAAGAUGACCUGAUCGUACCACCCAAAGGCCGACGGUUUCUUCGGCGACAGCGAUCGCCCUUUCGCUAUGGUCUACAUGGCGCCGUACCCCGUAGGAAAAAAUUAUGCAAAAAUUAUUGCACAAAAAAUUGCAUAUUUUGUGCAUAAAUUUCUGCAGUUUUU